AAAGGCAAGCCAGGCUUCGUAAACCUCAAGCGCGUCAUAUGGCACGAGGCAUUCUUAAAACUGUUGGAACUGGUCGCGCAACACUCAAAGUCUGGUUAUUCACAUACUUGCUAUGACAAGAUCGCACGCUGGUUGUUUCCCAUUAUUCUGAUACUUUCUGCUGAUUAUGAAGAACAAUGUAUGAUGUCUCUCAUUUGUGGCCACCAUAGCAAAUGUCCCUGUCCAGUAUGUCUUGUACCGCUCGAAGAACUUAGCGAGCUAUCAAAGACGUUUGCAUUUAGAACAGUGGAAGAAGCAAUAGCCGCACUCAAUGUUUACAAGGUCAGCAAAGCUCGAGGCGAGGAACUACUCAAGGCAUUAGGAUUGCGUGCUGUCGCGAAUGUUUUCUGGCUCAUUGCGCACUCUGACCCUCAUCAAGCCAUCAGUUUUGACUGCCUUCAUGCCCUCCAUCUUGGUAUGUGGAGGCACCUACUCGAGGAGUUGAAGAAAAUCCUCAAAGCGCUUGGACGUGAUGAAGAGUCAAAGGUCGAGAAACAGGUUGCUAGUUUCCCUCGAUGGCGCAAUCUUAAUCAUUUCAGCACCAUCAUCCACAUUACCUUCAGUGAUGGUAACAAGAUGCAAGAUCUAUCCAAGCAAGCCUUCUAUUCUGCGGUAAACGUCUUGAACCAGAGGACCAGCCCAGAAGGGUAUAAACUUCUUCGCGUUAUUAGUAGCUAUCUGCAAUUGGAUAGCUAUAUUGGUCUCGACGUGCAUACGUCAAGCACACUGGCAGCAAUUGAUGCUGAACUACUCGUUUUUGAUAGCGCACUCAAGGAAUACAUCGAAUGUGCUCUCAAUUCUCCCAUCGUAGGUCUCAAGCUUGACUGGGACUUUCCAAAGGCGCAUCUCUGGAAGCACGCAACUAGGGACAUCCAAAUGAAGGGUGCAGUACGCAACUACAGCACCCGUCCGAAUGAGAAGCUUCAUGGCCCCCUCAAAGAGGCCUACGAGCGCCAGUCAAAUGGAAAGGACGUCGCUGACCAGAUACUGCGUGUUGACACGCGCAAAUUCGCAGCCAAAAUGUUGAGAGCGCACGUGGACGUGCUUGAUGAGCGGCGCACAUUGGCAGGAGAGGGCAAUGAUGACGAUGAAGACCCGAAUCCUGUUGCUUUCGAGGGGCACAUCAAACUUGGUUCGACGCAACAGCCCGUAGCCAUCCAAGACAUCGAGACCCACGGCGGCCAAUUGGAUCGUGCAUUUCAAGGCUUUCGUAAGAAGUUUUCCGAUUUUAUCAACAACUCAUUACCGACGUACGGAUAUCGACUGGAAAGAUGGGUCACCAUACCGACAAACUUCUUGAUUCGUGAACAUCGCUUUCUCAAAGUUCACUACGAGUCUACCGUCGACUGGAAGCAAACUACCGACUACCUUCGAUGCACUCCAGGCUUCCAUGGGCAACCGCGCUAUGACUGCGCACUUAUACAACUCGCCCAGGAAGUAUCAGUGUUUGUUCGCCUUGUUUUCAUAUUCAGUUGUCAGCUUCUGGAUGUUGGUUCCUUCAAGUUUGCACUGGUUCAGCCAUUCACUGCUGGCAUUGGUGCUUCUCGCAGGUCGGACCGUGAUCUACGACUUACUCGUGUCAAAGCUGUCCCAAGGGCAAGUUCGAUCUUCGUUCCAGUCCAGUCUUUCAUUCGUGGCGCUGUUUGUUUCCCUGAUCCUGAUCACCGAGAUGAAUUCCUCGUGGUCGACCACAUCGAUAGUGACAUGUUUGUGCGCAUGAAGUCACGUCCAGCACGCCAGUGA